AUCAAAUUAGGACACAAUAACCGAGCACCGUAACAACUAUAGCAUUGCACCCCAUCGAAAUACGGAAACAGCGACAUAAUGAAGAUAACACUUCUGAUACUUGUCGCACUGCCGCUGCUGGUUCUUUCAAUACCAAUCGAUUCUGCAGAUAAUGCAUCCACCGAGGACAUUGAUCGAUCUGAUGUCACGCGAGCCAAACGUUCCGGUUUCAGUCUCGUUUCCGGUCUUAAAAACACACUUCUAUCGGGAAUAGGACGAGCGUCGGCCUCGCUAGCAGCUAGCAGCGCCGGGACGGCAUCUUCUAGCAUAGCAAUGCACUCGUCGAGCGGGGGCUCUAGUGGAGGACACUCGUACGAAAAGCCUCACUCGUAUGAUAAGCCUCACUCGUACGAAAAACCUCACUCGUACGAAAAGCCUCACGACGACAACCACUUCGACGGAUGGGGAUUGAAAAAGUCAAUCCUCAACACCCUGUUCCAGGCAGUGAAGGCCAUCACCGGCGGCGUAACGGUGCUGAAGGGUCAACUCAUCAAGGGAUCGGGCUACGCGGUCAGCGGCGUUGGAAAAGUUAUCGCUGCCGGUGGGGAUGCCGUUUCGAACGUGGGCAAAAAGAUAACAACAUCUGCCCAUCUGAUACCGGCUUCCCAUUCCGCUCAUCCGUUCGCCAAAUUGAGUAGCUCGCUAUCGUCUGGCUCAGCCGGUUUGAUCUCCGGGGCUUCCUCGUCCUCGUCGGGCUCGUCGUCAUCGUCUGGACAUCACACUGGACCAUCAAGCGAAAGUUUCACAAGCUAUGAAGCUCCCCACAGCUAUGGUCAUGACUCGAAUAGCCAUGUCAGUGCACCAUCGAGUGCUGCAUACAUUCCACCAAAGCAAUCAUCGCACUAUAAAUCUCCACUGACUUCCUAUGGAACUGAGGUUGAGUCGGAUGCAUAUUCAACGGCUCCACAUUUUCUGCAAACACCAAGCAAAUCCAAUGUCGUAGAAGCAUCCGACGUAUUGAGGCAAAUACUGAAACAAAAAGUUCCACAAGGGACUCCGACGGGAUAUAGCUACAACAGUUACCAUCACCAAUCGACUGGACCAGUCAAAUACGAAAAGAAGAAGGUCAUCUCCCAACACGAUAUCCCAAUUGAAUCCUAUCCUCCACCAUUCAAGCCACUGAAUGGCAACAACUACCUGCCACCACUAUACGGCCUUCCCCAUGGUGCUGUCGAUUCUGUAACCCACUCCCAGUCGAUAACGACUUCCUUUGGCGGUCCAUACAACUCACAGUACGUGGAGGGAGUUGAAUCCCAGUACCCACCAUCCUACGAUAUCUAUCGUUCCAUGAGCGUCAAAAUGGCUGAUAACGAUAACUAUGGUAAAAUCGUCGUAGGUUAAGUCAUUCCAGUUACUGCCCAGUGUCAUCGAACGUCCCAACCAGAUCAGGAAAAAAAAGGGAUUUCAUUUCCGCCAAGAAGAAUCACAAAAAAAUACUCAAUUGUAUAAAAAAAAACUUGCUCAUCGAAAAUCCCUUCGCCAGUUCCCCAUUUUCCGCUGCCAUCACAUGAUUUUGUUUGGAAAUCAAACAUCCCUCAUUCACCAUCAACAACAGUAUAGCAUUAAGCCGUUAGCUGCGCUCCAUUGAACUCAAAUACCACUUUUGCUUUCUUGAUCGGCUGUGGUAAUAUUUACCCAUUGCUCUGAUUUUUAAAUUUCUGACACGGUGCGCCAGCAAAUUCGUUACCAACGCAUCCAUCAAUAUAUCGAUACGAUCGAUACGGCUCCUCAGCGAUGUUUGGGAAGCGGAAAAUAGGGAAAACGAGCGCGUAGAGUAAACGAGUGAGACUAACCUAACACAACAUUUGAACUGAGGCGGAAAACAUUUUCCUCGUCCUCCACACGCAGGGUGAAGAUGUUUUAGCAAUUCGUUCGAAGACUCUUCCGAGCCGCAGGAAGCAAAUACUAGUGAUAGAUAAUGGAUUUGUUUUAUUUUUACAUGAUUUGUGGAUUAGUGGAUGGAUCGUUAUAUGUAGAAAAGUAGCUAUUUAAAAAUGCUGUUAAGUGUUAGCUAGAUAUUUUAUCUUCGUGUAUUCCUUUGUUAGCCAUUUAAUGGUUUUGUGGUGCUACUGAAAUUGGUAGUCAGUCCAGUAUAAAUUGUUUUCCUUUCUGUAUUUAUUGCCUUAUGAUGUUAAACCUGUGUUAGAAGAUAGUAAAACUAGUACAAUAAAUUAAGAAA